CAUAGCUCAAUAUUAGUAUUUACUAGUUGAAGAGCUCGCCUUUUUUCAAUUUGAAAUGCAGAAGAAAACCUCUGCUGAUCGCCCUAACCUAACCACACCACCAUCCCCUUGACACCGCCGCUCCGAAAUCCAAAUGUCGUCGUCGUCGUCGCCGCCGCAGUGGCAGUGGGAAAACGCCACCGCCGGCGCCGUCGCCGGCUUCGCAACCGUUGCCGCUAUGCAUCCCCUCGACGUCGUCCGCACCAGGUUUCAAGUCAACGACGGCCGAAUCUCCAAUCUUCCGACUUACAAGAACACGGCGAACGCUAUCUUCACCAUUGCUCGAUUGGAGGGACUGAGAGGACUCUAUGCAGGUUUCUCUCCUGCUGUGAUUGGCUCCACUGUUUCCUGGGGUUUAUAUUUCUUCUUCUAUGGAAGAGCCAAACAGAGGUAUUCUAAAAACGGGGAUGAGAAGCUGAGUCCUGGUCUUCAUCUUGCUUCUGCAGCAGAAGCUGGUGCUCUGGUUUCUUUGUGCACAAAUCCUAUUUGGCUUGUAAAAACAAGACUGCAGCUUCAGACUCCUCUCCAUCAAACACGCCCUUAUUCUGGUUUUUAUGAUGCCUUGAGAACCAUAAUGAGAGAGGAAGGAUUUGCUGCACUGUAUAAGGGUCUUGGUCCUAGUCUUUUUCUGCAGGUCUCCCAUGGUGCUAUUCAAUUCACUGCAUAUGAAGAACUCCGUAAAGUUAUUGUUGACUUGAAGUCUAAACAAGGCACAAAUAAUUCUGGAAGUUCGGAUACUGUAUUGAAUUCACUUGACUAUGCAGCCUUAGGGGCAUCAUCGAAAGUCGCUGCCAUUCUUCUAUCAUAUCCAUUCCAGGUUAUACGAUCUCGAUUGCAGCAACGACCUAGUUCUGAGGGAAUUCCAAGAUAUAUGGAUAGCUGGCAUGUAAUAAGGGAAACAGCACGGUUUGAGGGUGUUCGAGGCUUCUACAGGGGAAUUACACCAAACCUUCUAAAAAAUGUUCCUGCUGCUUCAAUAACAUUUAUUGUAUAUGAAAAUGUACUGAAAUUUCUAAAAUAGCUAAAAGGAAUGAGUAGGUUUUUUCUCUUGGUUCUGAAUCAUGUGUAUUCUUUUUACAGAAACAUUAUUUGAGGUUGAAAAUGUGGGAAUGAAAAAAGUAUUGGAA